AUGGGUAAAAAAAUUAAUAUUGCAAUUUAUUUGGUUCUAUUAAAUUUGUUUGUUUGUGGAAUUAAAUAUGGAGAAAGUGGUAUUCCAGUGAAAAAAUCAGUUAACUUGAGAAAUAGUUACGAAAACAAAAAAAACUCACAAACAGACGUAAAUACUGCAAAUAAUACAAAUAUUCAAGAUGAUCAAACAAAAUUAGUAAUAGAAGGUAACGAUGAGGAUCAACCAAGUAAUGGAGAAAAUGUAAACGAAGAAGACAAGGAAAAGCAAUUGCCUAGUUCAAAGGAUGCAACUCCACCAUCUGAUCCUGCCAAAGUGUCUAACCAAGAAGGUUCCAGUUCUGAUACUUUAAAAAAAACCGAUGGUGCCUCAGAUAAAGGCGAUACCGUUGAUGGAAAAGAGGGACAACCAGAUGCCUCGUCAGGUAAAACGGAAGAAACCCUUCCUAAAGUUAAUGAUAAAGGCACAUCUGAACAAGGUGUACAAGAAACUCCCUCUAAUCCAGAUAGUCAAACUCAAACACAAAUCGUAAAUAAUCCAGGAGGUGAAACCCCUACUGUUACGAAUAAACCUGGAGAAGAAGCAAAAGGCACAGAAUCCAUCGAUAAUAACGGGGAAACUGCUGAAGGUGGUGCUAUUCAAAAAACAGUUCAAGAAAAUUCUGACAAUUCUUUAGGUGAUAAAAAACCACAAACCGGUGAUGCAGAUAAUGUUGUUCAAAGUUUAGAUAAAAAAGGUGAGCAAAGUCCAUCUCCUACAUCCACAGAAGGUCAAGGUGUAACUCCACCAGUAUUACCUGGUGGCAAAUCUGAUGAUCCUCCAUCAGGUUUAAGUGAUAAAGCAGUAGAUAGCAAGCAAUCCAAUAAUGAAGGAAGUGCUAUUAAUGAAGGUAAAGAAUCUACUGAUCCUAAAAAGGAUGAAGGUGCUUCUGCAAAGGAAAAUCCCGAUAGCAUUACCAAGGAAGAAACGAAACCAGAGGAAAGUGUCACUGGUAAAAAUAGUGACAAGGGGUCUGUUUCUGAUGUUUCACCGGAAAAUGUUAUUGACAAUACAGAAGGCAAAACCAAAGAAGUUCAAGGUGGUACCGGUGAAGAUAGUAAUAAUCUUGCAGAUAAUACUAAAACAGAAGAACCUAGUAAAGAUGAUAAGAAAAAAGAAGAAUCUAAUUCAAUUGUUGAAGUUCCACCUGUUGCCCCUACCGAAGUUCCUGAGAAAAAGGAAACCGGUCCUGAAACUUUGGAUUUACCCCCUGCUAAACCAAAUAAUGCAGAUAACAAUUUGAAUGUGACCGAAUCUCAUGAUAAAACUAGUAGUGAUAUUGCUCCUAAAGAAGAUGGAAAUAAUGAUACUAAAGAUAAUCAAACUAAUUUAGAAGAAGCAGGAAAUGACCCUAAAUCUGAAACUGACUCCAAAGAUAAUGCAGUAAAUAAGAAUGUUGAAUUGAGAUAUGAUAACAUAGACGACGAAGAAGAUGAUGAAAACGUCAUAGAUGAAUCGGUGAAUGUUAUAGAAUCAGAUACAGGAAACCAAGACGAUAAAAAAGAAGAAAUCGAAUCUGAAGAAGAUGAUGAAGAUGUUGAAGCAGAGGAAACGGUGAGUGAGGCAAAUGAAACAAACGAAAAUGAAAAAGAAACCCCAAAAAAGGAAGAAAAUAUAGAGGAACCUACUACCAUUGAUUCUAAAGCUAAAAAAAUAAUUUCGGAAUAUUAUACAAGUAUGAAAAAUAUCAAGAACAAAAUCAAAGACUAUGUAAACUCGGCGAUGGAUUUAAUAGACAGUAAUAAUGGAAUUUCAAAGGCUUUCUCUAAUUUUUCAGAAGAUAUAAGUAACUUUAUACUUAAACUAUAA